GGUGCAUUAUGCCUUAAUCCACUUGAAUUAUCGUAUCCCUUUAACCACAUUGUCCCAACCUCGGGAACAUGUUCCUACCCUACCUAUCCAUCUUCAACCGAUUGCUCGAUUGAAAAUCUGCCGCAAUAUGGACCACAUGGACCGAAGCCAACUGGACUUGUUUACAAAUUACUGCCAUCCUUGAAGACUCAUGGACAACUAACUUACUUGGCUCUGUCACAAACAAGGAAAUUUCCAUUUGUUUCCAGCCUAUCACUCGCUCACAGGCUUCAGGCACCGCAAAGAGUUAGGCGGAAUGGAAAACCAUCCUUCUUUGGAGGAGCCCUAAGACAGUGUUCCAACUUAAGGCUGGCGUUCCCAAAAGCGAAAAAGCAACUUGGAAAGAAACAAGGAGAGACUGAGUGAGUAAGGGUAUGGGUCCAUGGGUGUGUGUGGAGGAGAGAAAGAAAGAAAGAGAAAGAGAAAAAAGAGAGAGAGGCAAGGGAUAUUUCGGUAAAAAGGAGCCCCUCGCUCAGUUGAGGCGUGAGUGCGAGCGGGUUGAAACCACUUCAGAAAAGUCCGACAGCUCACCUUUUAAGAGCCACCAUCCGCACAAGUUGAGGGGGUCUUCAGUCAUCUCGCCAAGAAUGGCAUAAAAGCAUCUAUCCAUCUAUCCGUCCUUCGAUCCAUCCACCAGUCCAGUCUGAGAGGUGACAAAAAGUCCGUGGGAGUGAAAGGAGAGACCAUUGGAACGAGACUGGCUCCAUUGUCGCCACUCAUUGAUCGGACGGCACAAGAGCUCCAUUGAGACGGGAUAGAGGCUCAAUUUUCGUGAUUGCUCUUCACCGAACAAAGCGACUUGGAACUGGAGCUAAUUAUCAGCCUUGAUCUCAAGCAUGUGGCUCUAAAGCGGCUUUGGAAUACGUCACGGAACACUCAUUGGGUGUGUUGUAAAAUGGGUCACUGUUGGAGCGGCCUUGUGGCCAGGUCGGCCUCAUUAAGAAAAAUGUUCACGAUUGGCGGAGAUGGUGGUGAUGGUGGUGGAGGUGGUGGAGGUGGUGGAGGUGCUCAAAGUGAGAGGUUAUCUUUCGGAGGAUCUUUCCAAGAGAGCGACAACCAAGAGCGACCAGGGCGAGGCGAUCUCUCGGGCGAAAUCAUGGCUCCUGGGGUGGAACACACGACAAGGGGAGAAUUGGAAAAUGCCCACGGAAGUCACAACGGAAUGGCGUUCAAAACGAGGAGGGGACUCAGACGAGGCUUGUCCGUGCUCUCAAAGAGUUGGCGGAGAAACAUUUCCAAGGAUGAUAUGAAGAGAUCGGACUCUCACCGGGACUUUGCCGAUUUGGAGGUCUAUCCAGUUCCGUCAGAUAUUGGCAAUUCUGUUGGUUUAGAUGACUACAACCUGGGAUUCCAAUCAGGAGAUGGAUAUCAUCAUGUGGCCUCCGGUGAGGCUUUCAGUACACACUACCAGCAACAGCAACAGCAACAACAAAAACGACUCCCAGCUCCAUCGGGCUCGAUUUGCAACAAAAAGAAACAAACAUAUCAAAGGAAACCUAGACUUCCCAGAUUGUUCGACCUCGCACACCGCUCCAAAAACAACAAAUAUGCCCGCCAAAGUGACGAUGGUCAGGAUAUGGGAUUCAUCGAAAUGAAUGACAUCGUUCCUGCUCACACCACAUGCAAUCCGAGUGCUUAUUACCAACCUCAACAACCGAGUCGUCCUUCUCAAUCUUCUCCAAGUCAUGCCAAGUCCCGACAAGUUGUCUACCCCGAUGUCCGUCAAGUUGCUGGACUUCGCCAGAGUCUCACAUGUUCUUGGCGAGGGACAAAGAAUUACAAGCUUCUCAACCCAAGACAGGCCAUACCAAGCAACGGCUUUGUCACCUUGGAUCCGAGGAAACUGAUCCAUGCUGAUAACAGUUCUGACUGGGGUGGAUCGGUAUCUUCGUUAGAGAGUCUCCAUAGGCGUCCAGAUCGAACGACGCCUAACUCAUCCAUUGACCUAGAGUGGGAAAACGAUGAUGAGGCCAAUCUACCCCCCGACUUGGAUAACCCGCCUUCAUUGAGUGUGAACGACACGACUGCGGAAACCUGUUCCAUUGCCCUGCGAUCUCACGCUUCCAGCCAGGUGUCCAUUCCCGGAUUGGAUUGGGAUUCACAGGGUGAGUCGGCAGAUUUGCUGAGCCUCAACAACGUUCCUCUGGAGGAGGCCCCUCUAGAUUUUGAGACUGAGCAACUCAUCUCGGAAAUCGAGCAGCUGACUUCCCGCGCUUUGAAGGAAACAAACCAAUGGAAUCAGGGUGGCCAAGAGGACGUCCCUCUGUGGCAAAGGGUGUCACAUCGUCCCAAUAUUGACAGCAAAUGGACGACGCCGGCGACGUCAACCACGACGUCCAAGCCAAACUCCAACCAAGGACCCCCCGAAAGGCACUUGGAGAAUCUUAAUCAAGUCUCGCUCGAAAAUAACAAUAACAACAACAUAUCUCAGGAAUGGGCUUCUACGGCAAACACAGCCAUGUCCUUGAGCUAAGAAUGCUCAGAGUCCUCGUAUCUUGUCAUGCCAAUGAGAAUAAAAUGCGCGAAACCCGA